CUGAGGAAUGCAGUUCAGAGAGCUCUUCUGAGGAAAAUCCUGAAGAGCAUGUUGUUAUGGAAUCUGAAGAACUGAAUACCCUACUUCUACACACUGAGGAGGGAGCUGAUGGAAAGAGCUUUGAAAAUAUUGGCCAAGACUUGAAUACUGUUGUGGAAGGUAAUGAAAACCAAGGAGCUGUACCUAUAAAAACUGUGACUGAAAAUGUCCGACUCAUUUUAGAUACAAGUAUUUGUGAAAUGGUAGAAAAACUAGAAACAGUUGAAUGCCAAGAGAUGAAGUAUGAAGUGAAAGCUGAAGAAAGAGAAGAGGUAUUUAUCUCAGUUAAAGAAGUCCAGAGAGAUACCUUGUCCACAGACACUAUGGAGUCAGACAAUCCCUUAUGCGAGGUAAUUACAAAUGAGAAAAUUGAUUCAGCUCAAUUAAUAGUGGGGGACAGUCAGUCAACAGAACCAGAAAUGGAAAUUGGGUCUUUAGGAAUAAUUUCUGACCAUAAGGAAUCCAUCAGUGAAGACAGACUGGGUUAUGCAAUAGGUGAGUUUUCAUCAACACCUGCAGAUAAAGAUAGUGAGGAACAGAACAGAAUAAAGGAUAAUAAUUUACUCAAGGAAAUGAAAGAAGCAUUUCCUUUUGCAAAGGAGGAUACAUGCAGUUGCUUUAUUGAGACCUUGACCCCAACCCCUAUUGCUUCAAAAACUUACCAGGAAGAAGAGGGAUUGUCUCCAGAUUUGAGAAAUUGUGCAUUAUCUGGAGUAAAAAUUGAUGGAAUUAUCAGCUCUGCAGUGAGCCUUGCAGAACAGACCAAUAAUGAGAAAGACUUUGCAGAGAGAUACUGUUGUUUACAAUCUCAAGAACUUUGCUUAGAAUCUCAUGAGCUUGGACCACCAAAACUGGAAUGUCAACAGUCAGAACAUUUUUGUUUAACAGAGAAAGAUGUAAAUAAGACUGGAAUUGUAACUACUGAUAUGAAAAAUGAUGUGAACUGUCAUUUUACAAAAGACAGUCAUCUUGGAGAAAACGAUGAAACAGUAGGUAAAGAAAAAAGUAAAAGCUUGCUGGAAAAUUGUGAUACACAAAAGGCUGAAAUUUCCAUGACACUGCAAUUGGCAAAUGAAACAUUACAUUAUGAAGGUAAAAAAGAUGAAACAAUGUUUUUGAGGAAUGGAGUGAAAGGAGAUGGUAAUAUAUUUAGGGAACAUCCACAGCCAAUUGAAACAGAAGUAGGAAUUUUUACAAGAAUACAGCUGAAGGAAACACAUGCUGAGAAGGAGCAGGAAGGUGAUGUAACUGCAACUGAAAUUGUUUCUGAAUGUAAUUUACUGACUACAUGUCCUAUACAGGAUGAUCAGGUGGAGCUCACAGUAAUUAACAGAGUACUGACAAAUACAAAUAUUGCGGACAGGCCUUUGCAGAUUUCAGAAUAUAUAUGUUUAAAUGCUGCCAAUGGCCAGGAACAAAACAAGGAAUUGGAACAUUCAAUUGCUAAUGAGGAGAUGGGUUCACAUGCUUCGGAAGAGAUGGCAAAAUCUUUGCUGAAUGAACCAUUAGUAGAAAAUAGAUAUAGUGAAAAUCUACCACCCAUUGAAACAGAAGAAAGGAUUUCUACAAGAACAGAGCUGGAGGGAGCAUGUGCUGAGAAGGAGCAGGAAGGCGAUAUAACUGCAAAUGAAAUGGUUUCUGAAUGUAAUUUAGUGACCACAUCUCCUAGACAGGGUGAUAAGGCGGAGGUCACAGUAGUUAACAGAUCAUUGACAAAUAUUAAAGUCAACUUGCAAAUUACAGAAAAAGUAUGUUUAAAUGCUGCAAAUGGCCGGACACAAAACAAGGAAUUGGAACAUUCAAUUGCUAAUGAGGAAAGGGGUUUACAUGCUUUGGAUGAGAUGACAAAAUCUUUGCUGAAUGAAGCAUCAGCAGAAAAUGAAUUUAGUGAAAAUCCACAACCCAUUGAAACAGAAGAAAGGAUUUCUACAAGAACACAGCUGGAGGAAGCAUAUACUGAGAAGGAGCAGGAAGUUGAUAUAACCACAAACGAAAUGGUUUCUGAAUAUAAUUUAGUGACCAAAUCUCCUAGACAGGAUGAUCAGGCAAUGAUCACAGUAGUUAAUGAAGUACUGAAAAAUGGUGAGGAUGAGUCUUUGAAAACUGCAGAAAAAGUAUGUUUAAAUGCUGCGAAUGACCAGGAACAAAACAAGGAAUUAGAACAUUUAAUUGCUAAUGAGGAAAGGGGUUUACAUGCUUUGGAUGAGAUGACAAAAUCUUUGCUGAAUGAAGCAUCAGCAGAAAAUGAAUUUAGUGAAAAUCCGCAACCCAUUGAAACAGAAGAAAGGAUUUCUACAAGAACGCAGCUGCAGGAAGCAUGUGCUGAGAAGGAGCAGGAAGGUGAUGUAACUCCAAAUGAAAUGGUUUCUGAAUAUAAUUUAGUGACCAUAUCUCCUAGACAGGAUGAUCAGGCGGAGGUCACAGUAGUUAAUAGAGUACUUAGAAAUGGUGAUGAUGAGCUUUUAAUAACUGCAGAAAAUUUAUGUUUAAAUGCUGUGAAUGACCAGGGACAAAAUAAGGAAUUAAAAUAUUUAAUUACUAAUGAGGAAAAGGGUUCACAUUCUUUGGAUGAGUUACCACAAUCUGUGCUGAAUGAAGCAUCAGUAGAAAAUGGAUUUAGUGAAAAUCUGCAACCCAUUGAAACUGAAGAAAGGAUUUCUACAAGAACACAGCUGCAAGAAGUAUAUGCUGAGAAGGAGCAAGAAGUUGAUAUAACCACAAAUGAAAUGGUUUCUGAAUAUAAUUUAGUGACCAAAUCUCCUAGACAGGAUGAUCAGGCAAUGAUCACAGUAGUUAAUGAAGUACUGAGAAAUGGUGAGGAUGAGCCUUUGAAAACUGCAGAAAAAGUAUGUUUAAAUGCUGCGAAUGACAAGGGACAAAACAAGGAAUUAGAACAUUUAAUUGCUAAUGAGGAAAGGGGUUCACAUUCUUUGGAUGAGUUACCACAAUCUUUGCUGAAUGAAGCAUCAGUAGAAAAUGGAUUUAGUGAAAAUCUGCAACCCAUUGAAACAGAAGAAAGGAUUUCUACAAGAACGCAGCUGCAGGAAGCAUGUGCUGAGAAGGAGCAGGAAGGUGAUGUAACUCCAAAUGAAAUGGUUUCUGAAUAUAAUUUAGUGACCAUAUCUCCUAGACAGAAUGAUCAGGCGGAGGUCACAGUAGUUAAUAGAGUAUCGAGAAAUGGUGAGGAUGAGCCUUUGAAAACUGCAGAAAAUAUAUGUUUAAAUAUUGCCAAUGACCAAGGACAAAACAAAGUUUGGGAACAUUCAAUUGCUAAUGAAGAAAGAGGUCCGCAUUCUUUGGAUGAGAUGGCAAAAUCUUUGCUGAAUGAAGCAUCAGCAGAAAAUGAAUUUAGUGAAAAUCCGCAACCUAUGGAAACAGAAGAAAUGAUUUCCACAAGAACAUAUUUGGAGGAAGCAUGUGCUGAGAAGGAGCAGGAAGGUGAUAUAACUGAAAAUGAAAUGGUUUCCAAAUAUAAUUUACUGACCACAUCUCCUACACAGGUUGAUCAGGCAGAGGUCACAGUAGUUAAUGGAGUACUGAGAAAUGGUGAAGAUGAGCUUUUGAAAACUGCAGAAAUUAUAUGUUUAAAUGCUGCCAAUGACCAGGGACAAAACAAGGAACUGGAACAUUUAGGUACUAAUGAGGAAAGGGGUUCAAAUGUUUUGAAAGAGAUGACAGAAUCUUUGCUGAAUGAGACAUCAGUAGAAAAUACUGAGAAUAUAUCUGAUCAUAUGUAUUCUCUAGGUUUUCAUCUAAAUAAAAUGUCUAAUUCAUUGGGAGCAGGCAAUGAGGAGACUGAAAGCAUUAUGCAAACACAUAUUGGUAUUUCAUUCACAGCCAAUAGUCCUUCAGAUCUUGACCUAAUAAGUGGAAAUGUCUUAACUUUAGGAAUCUCCAAUGAUAGCACACGGCUUAAUUCUUAUAUUUUAGAUGAUGAUGUUUCAAGCAUGAAUCUCUCAGUUGAAGAAACUGUUCUAAAAGAUGGAGACAGUAGGACAUUGCAAGAUUCCAGCGCAGAAACACAGUUGAUCCUUUCAGGGAAAAGCUUUCCAGUGAAUCAUAGCAGCAUUGUGCCAGCAGAUUUUACUUAUCAAAAUGAAACCAAUACAAACAUUAAUCUUGAAGAAGUUGCUCUAACAACAGAAAUCCCCGAUAGUCCAAAUGAUUCAUCAGUUUUUACAGACGAUGAACUUUCUCUUUCGACUAGCCUCCAGCAAGGUCUGCAACAUCUGGUUUUAACAUGUGAUAGAAAUGAACACUUCUUUAACAGCUCUGAAGAGGAGUUUAGUUUAUAUGAAGAUAAACACUGGAAGAAGGAUUCUGGCAUCUAUGCAGGAUUUAAUGACUCUGAGUUUAUUACUGAACCUAAGACAAAUGCAAACAUAUUCUUUAGUAGCAUUGAGAAGACAAUUAUAGGAACACAUGACACUUCUACAGAGUUAAAUUGUCCAAUAGACACACAUGAAAGCAAAUUCAGUGAACUUUGUAACAAACAAAAAGAGUUUAACCAAAUAUCAGAAGAAGCAGAAAACAUUUCAUUAAGCACAGACAUGGUGUAUAUUGAGUCAAAGAGUGACGAGUUGUUAUCUAAAAAUGUUUUUCUUCAUGAUCAAGUAACCUGUUUUACUGAUAGUUCGAACUAUGAACUUUGCAAUGAUUCAUCCAAAAAUACUAUAGAGUCAACUGUAAAAAUUCCAUAUGAUCUAGAUAUGCAAAAUAACAAAUAUUCCAAAGAUAUUGAAAAAAGGGGAUGUGAAGAAUCAGAGUUGAAUUUAAGUGAUAGAACAUUACAAGUCCAUGCUUUUAGUUUAAACCACUCUGAAAAGACUGUUUUUCCUGAGAUCCAUGAUGAUAACCUGCAAUUAAGAGAGCAUGUGGACCACAAAAACAGCACAUUUCCUAACAUAACCAAAGCAAGCUUUUCUGUAAAUUCUGAAAGAGCUGAAAGUAAGACAAACACAAGUAUCUGCAAAGAUUCUGUGGACAGUCCACUUGAAAGGCCUCGUAUUCAUGUCUAUUGUGUGAUAGGUCAGCAUAUGCCAAUUUCGAAUGUUCAAGAAGAGAGUGCACUGAUAAGGGCGGAGACAGAAAGUCCUAUUUAUCAAGAAGAAGACAAAGAAAUCUCUUCUAAGAUGUCAACAAACACCAAAGGUGAUUCACCAGAAGAUAUUCAAAAACAUGAAGAUGUCCAUGACAACUGCAGCAAUGUUGUUCCUUCAACUCCAGGGUCAAAGCCCUUCAUGUACAGACAAAAUGCAUUUGAGGAGAGUGCAAGUUUUAAUUCUGUCAUGGCCCAUGAAGACCAAAACAAUAUUCUUGAAAGGAGAGAACGAGAAAUGUGGACAACUGAAGAGUUUAGUAAUCCAUCUUUGCUGUUCUCAGGGUCAUCUGCUGCUCCUGAUUCUGGCAAAGGAACUGCUUUACCUUUUUAUACAACAUCAAGUGAUGACUCAUCUGAAGCAGCUCCCGUGGAAUUAUCUGCCACAGAUGAAGAACUAAAGUCAACAGAUUCAGGGUCUGAAUUUUCCAGUAUUCUUGAAUUGCCAGAAAAAGUUCUGCAAAAAGGAGAAGCCUCUCCAAAAAUCAUGCUUGGUAAGGCAAUCAGCUGGCCAUGUCAUGGAAGAGAAAGUCUUAGGGUUCAUGCUUCUGAGAUGGUCCUGGAAAAUGAUGAGGCACAAAGCUUCAAAAACCUAGGGCUACAGGCUCGUAAACGUAGAAGAGGGUUUCGAAGGAAUGAAAAGUCAGUUUCCUGCCUAGAUGAAAAGGAGCAGCAUGAUCUGGACAAAGAUUUUUCCAGUUCAAAGGGGAAUGACUUAGAUGAAACUGUUCAGAGGAGAAGUUCCAAAAUCACACCAACCUGCACCCAACUCUAUCAAGAAUAUGAUGCUGUUGUGCUUGAAAGACAGAUUAAACGACAGGCUCGUUCUGAUACUCUCAUGGAUGAAAGUAGCCCACCAGUCAACAGGAAAACACGUGCCAGAAAUGCACCUCGCCUCUCACUGUGCUCCCAAACAAGUCAGUCUCUGUGGCAAGAUUUGCCAGGUGUUCGUGGGAGUAGCCACCUGGAGGCCCUCAGUGAAAAGAAUCGGAAACUUCAAGAGAUGAAAUUUGAGCUUGUCUCCUCUGAAGCAUCAUAUCUCCACAGUUUAGACAUUGCCGUUGACCAUUUUCAGAGAUCUCCAGCACUAAAAGCUGUGUUAACUUCCCAGGACAAAAUGUGGUUAUUUUCCAGGUUGGCAGAGGUUCGAGAGAUCAGUUACAGGUUCUUGGCAGACUUGGAAGAACGGGUAGAGCAGAAUGUUCUGAUGUUUGAUGUCUGUGAUAUUGUUUUGAAGCACAUUCCAAAUUUCCAGUCCAUCUAUGUGCCGUACCUCAAGAACCAGUCAUAUCAAGAAAAAACAUUUGAAAGACUGAUGGAAACAAGCUCUCAGUUUCGGCGAGCUGUUGAAGAACUUGAGAAGAGUCCAUUGUGUCAAAGAUUACCUCUGAGGUCUUUUCUGGCUUUGCCGUUCCAGAGAAUCACAAGACUCAAGCUGCUUGUCCAGAACAUUUUGAAGAAAACGCUACCAGGUUCCAGAGAGGAGGAACAAGCAACAAGUGCUCAUCGUGGUCUGGAAAAGCUUAUUCAGCAGAGCAAUGAGAGUAUCAGGCAAAUGCGCAGUAUUGAAAACCUUGUGUCUCUUAGCAGAAGGGUGGACUUCCAGUGCAGAAUAUUUCCUUUGGUCUCACAAGCUCGUUGGUUACAGAAGGAAGGUGAGGUCACUCAUCUUUUGGAAGAAGGAAAUGGUCGAAUUAGCAAGAAAAGUGUAUACCUCCACCUCUUUAAUGAUGUCCUGCUGCUAUCACACCAUAAAGAAGGUGGUCGCUUCUCAGUGUUUGAGCACAACUCAGCAAGAAAGCUACGGGUGGAGAACUGCCAGAUGAAACUUCACUCAUUACAGAAGAACCUUUUCCAGCUUCACUUAUUUCAGACCAGCGAGGGGGGCAAGGCCUCUUUUGUUUUUCGCACUGAAAAGCAAAGCGAAAAAUUUCGCUGGAUCUCUGCCCUCUCACCUCCUCCUCCCAAGAUCGAUUAUUUUGGCUGUAAUGAUUGUAAGCAGGUCCAGUGUAUACGAGCAUAUGUUGCCCAGCAGCCAGAUGAACUAUCUUUGGAGAAAGCAGACCUCCUCCUUGUCCACCAGCAGACCUCUGAUGGCUGGACUGAGGGCACCCGAGUGAGUGAUGGUGAAAGAGGCUGGUUUCCAAAUUCUCACAUUGACCUUAUUGUCAGCCAUCAAGCACGCCUGAGAAAUCUGAAAGAGAGGCAAAGAAUAGUUAAUGCCACCUGUCGACAGCCAAAUUCGUGACCAUAAUGAGUCUUAUUAUUAGCAUAUGAUAUACAAAAAACUGCUACGGCACUGCUCAGUAUUAUAACUUUUCAUUUAAGAUGAUGGUUGUUAAUUUCCCAGCUCCCUAUCAUUUAUAUUUUGGGAUGCCACUGUAACAAUUUUUUUCCCAUCAGGUUACAGGGAAAACAAGUAAUAUAACUGUUUUUUUUUUUUUUUUUGUCUAUUUCCUUUCAUCUACUGCAUUUGCACUUUGUGUGAUUCAUUUCUGUUCUAGUCAGUCCGCAAAAAGGAGCUUCUUCAUGCUUUGUCUAAGUUUGCACAUUCACUUGAUGCACUACAUUAUAAAAUUAAAAAGAUUAAUGAUUUUCUUUUUGCAAGCUGAAAGCUAUUUAAGCAAAACUGUUAAUCUAAUGUGUUUAUGUGAUAUAAUAUUAAAACUGUUGUUAAAAGCAAAAUAAAUGUUUUCCUAUAAAAUGCGCCUAAUGUUUUAAGUCUGUGUAAAAGGAAAGGAAAAAUCAAUAUCGUUGGAGUAAUGUGUACAUUUAAAAAAGUAUCACCUACUUAAUAAUCAUGUAUCACUAUUUAUAGCACACUGUAAGAAGACAAUUUUAGCCUGAAUGAAGCAAUAUAAAGAAAGCAAUGUUGACACACAGAUUUACUGGCAGUGAAUGUGCAACGUUUGCAAAUUUAGCCAAACAGCUGAUUUCUGCAAAUUCCCUCUGGAUGGAUUAGUGUGCCUAAUUUUAACACCUACAGACCCAAAAUGAAAAAGAUCGGAGUUGAUCAGUUAUUAAAGUUAUCUUUUUCUAGCACUUGAAAUAAUAUUACACCAUUUCAGUGAUCUGUAUUUAUAACUAUUACUUUUAUAAUAUUAAUUAACUCUGAAAUUUGUUUUUCAGAAAACCAUAAGGGCAUUUCUUUUCUACCAUUUCUUAUCAUGCUUCAUCUAACACAGUGUUUCAAGAAAGCUUUGAGUGAAUGGCAGAAACUAAACAUAGACAGGACACUAGUUCAUCAUAAGAUAAACUCAUUCACACAGACCAGAUUAAAAUCACUAAGUGACUAAAGCCACACAUCUUAGGUACAUGGGAGGAAAUCACAGUCCUUGGUGGAUAAAGCCAGUGGAAAUAUCCUUCAUUUUUAAUUUAUGAUUUAAUGGAAUAAAAAAUAUAAAUAUCCACUCAUCCAUCCAUCCAACCAGGGAUUGUGUGAAGAUGAAGCCUAACCGAGAAUCAUUGACAGCAGAUUUGAAACCGGCCAUGUGUGGCUGCACAAUUUAGGAUUAAGUUGCUUUGUUUGUCUUUUAAAUUUGGAUUCCUCAUCCAAUAAAGGUGACAUUCUUUCUUGUUUUGCUUAAAAUUUGAAAGCAAAAUUUAAAAAAAAAAUACCUCAAGGUAAAUACUAACAGAUACUGUUUUCUGAAAAUAUGUACAUUCAUUAUAAUGUUUUCUGAAGUAAUUCUAUUGUUUCAUUUAUAAUGAAGGCUUGA